AACGCGUCACUUUGAGUGCUGGGUUUGGUAUAAUAAUUGAUGUUUUUUUCCCACAACCAAAUUCUUCCUAUUUUACUUGCUCGCAUAGUGAAAUUGCUCGAUAAUACAGUAUCAAAGUGUAAAUUACCAAUAACUGAAGCGGAUUAAUAAUGCUACAAGUUGGUUAUAAUGCUUAAUAUCUCACAAAAAAGGUUUGAAUUUGCAUCGGAUAGAAGAAAGUCAGAAGAAAAGUGAAGUUGCAUUUGGCCAAAUAAUCCCUCAUCUACAAAACCAACAAUACCGCUUCGGAGAGCAACUGAGCACGAGAGAGAAUUGUUAAAUGUAUAAGUGAGGUGAAUAAAUUUGAUGAAUGUGAAAUGAUCAAGUAUUUGUGCUUGAGUUAUCCUAAAUGUUUAUGUAGAAACAAAAAGUGAAAUAUAGCGAAUCCAAUUUUUUUUCUGCAAAAUAUACAAGGGUGUUUGUGUGAAAAAUGGAUUGUUCAUGAUAUUUUUCAUUGAUUUAUAGAAUGAAUAGUGCAUUUAUCGCCCGUUACCGUUUUUGAAGUUAUGAAAUGAAGAAGAGAAUUGUUUAAUGAAUGGUGGUGACAGACUGGGGUCACCCGGUGACUGCCUAUUUCGAUUGCAAAGUGAACGUCAUAAAAGUGAAAAAACCUACAAAGAAUUACAAAUGUAUGCAAUAGAAUUGAAGUGGCUGGAUAAAGAGUAUUUAUAAAGCCAGUGGGAUAAAUAUGAAGUUUGUUGAAAAUGAUCGUGAUUCUUUUAUACAUUUUAUGCGAUAGUUCGGGCAGUACCAAAUUAGUUCGAGAAAGCCGGUAGCUAAAAAAUAUUUCGAGCUGACAUUAUGGAAUUUGAUAAAUAUAGCAGCAUAAGUAUAUGAUGAAACAAAAUAUCGAGAUUAUUCUUCGCGUAUUGUGAAACGUCGGCGAAAAAUUUAGUCACAGAGUACUCCUUCGUUAAAUUGCUUAAAAUGGUCGUAUUGACCCAAGGGCUGGGGCCCUUCAUCUCCCGCCGUGACUUUCUUGAAAAUGGAAUUUUUGAAAAUACAUUAGAAAAUUACAACAAAUCCAAUUGUUCUACAAAAAACUACCUUGAAAAUAAGAUUCAAUUACUAUUAGAGACCGUACUUAAUUUUUACUUCGUGCGGUUUGAUUUUUCUUCGUCAUUGUUUUUCAACUUUAGCGAAGAAAAAUUAUCGUUAUUCGAGGGCCCGCCAGUAGCGGAGGCCCUUUUUGCUCUUUCUGCAUGGAUUCAAUGAAACGUAGCGAGGCGAGCACCGGCCACCACCAAAACAAGGUGGUUUUAACGAACCAAGCAACAGACAGCAAUAACAAAGUAAAUCUUAGCGGUAGUAAUUUGAACAAUAAUACGGUAAGUAAGCAGCAGCACCAAUCGGCUCUUUCGACUCCAAAUCAAACGUCAGGAGCACAAGUAUCUACACCGUCGAAUAUAUCAAGUUCUUCAAUAUCGGCAACUAGCGAUACAAAUAAAGAUUCAAAUUUCGAGUACGACGAUAACGAGUGGGAUGUUGGUAUAGGAGAUCUGAUUAUUGACCUAGAUGCAGAUAUCGAAAAGUCAUCCGUCAGUGACCAAUCGGCAACAAUAUUAGUUGAUUCAAGUACUACACCACCAACGUCGUCUCAGGCAUUGACUACAAUACCAUUGAGCACACAAAAGAGUGACAACUGUAAAACAGAUUUGAGAAAAACACAAAGUGUUAAUCCUUCCUCAAUAUUAGCGAAGGACGCCAAGGAAUCAAUCACUGAUAUCAAUUUAAAAACAGUUGUUCUUGAGAGCACGCAUAGAAAAGAAGGAACCACGUCUUCUACACCAUCAAAACAUCACUCUUCCUCUUCCUCUUCCUCUUCCUCGUCAUUGUCAUCAUUUAGUUCCGGGCACCAUCAUCACCAUCAUCACCACCAUCAUAAGUCGAAUAGUGGUACGAGUAAUUCGUCGAAGCACUCGGUGUUAUUGAGCCAGCUAAAUAGUAAUAAAAAUUCGAAUCCGCAAUUUCUUUUACAAUCCGAGAUUUCUGGAUCAAGACAUCAUCAUAACACUUGUAGUAUUAGUAGCAGUGUUAAAAACUGCACUAACACUGGUACCGAUCUAAAUGCACUAAAGAGUAAUAGGAGUAGCAGUUCUAGCACGAUGUCAUCCACGACUAGCAGUUCAGGUGGUAAAUCAGCCACCAAACUUUCUGUUGAUCAUCAAGCUACUUUAGAUAAAGGAUUAAAAAUGAAAAUUAAACGUACUAAACCUGGAACAAAGACUUCGGAGGCAAAGCAUGAAAUAGUAAAAGCAGAGCAGAAUGGUACUAGUUCGCUAUCUUCAACAAAUGUGGAUGAAAUCAAUAGCAGUAGUAACAGCAGUUCUAACUCUAAUAAUAAAAAGCAUUCAUCACAAUCACAGUCCCAAACGCAACAACAGAUAUCUGCUAGUCCAAAUGUGUCGCAACAGCAGCAGCAGGGCACUAAACGGGGUAGUAGCGGACAUCGAAGAGACAAAACGAAAGAUAAAGCUACACAUCACACUCAACGCGAUAAAAAUGAGCACAACAACAGUAGCAGUAGCUGCAGUAGUACUUCAAGUGGAGAACGGGGUUGUAACUGUACACAUGAAAUGCAAGUGAAUGGUAUUCAGCAACCUUGUUCUAGCAUAUCCUGCAUACGAAAUAGAACCUCAGAUCAAUCAAUGGGACCGUUAUCGCAGCGGCUAUCAAAUCAAAAUAACUCGAGUACAACUUCUUCAAAUAGUUUAUUCUCUUCGAAUUCAAAUACGGGUUCAUCUUUAAGUAGUAGUAGUAAUAGCACUCCAAAUGCACCUGGCCCACCAUCCUCCAAGGACAGUAGUAAGGGUAAACCAGUGGUACCAACCGCGAUUCAUGCAUCGUCCCAGAUCUCUUCCGCGGCUGUCACCAACAGUUCGCAGAUAUCCAACCUGCAGCACUCUACCUCAGCUAGUGGUAGCAGUUGUGGUGGAAAUGGUGUUACUGGUUCCAACAGUAACGCAAGUGCCAGUACUGGCAGUAGUUCUGGAAAUAAUGUGUUGAAAUCCCAAUUACAAUCGACAGCACCACCAACAAGCUUGUUGAACGCACUAUCAUCAGGAGCGUCAUUAACACCUAGUUCCAACGUAGCGUUGACUUCCGGAAGCUCUCAUUCGUCUAAUAACGCAUUGUCUAUGAUUGGGGAACUAGGGGCUGUAAAUGUAAAAGAGGAAAAAAGUAGUACUAGUCCACCACCAGCCAAACGCCAUAAAGGUGAACCAAAAGAUAUGGUUGACGUAUGUGUAGGAACAUCGAUUGGUACAAUCACUGAACCAGAAUGUCUUGGGCCAUGUGAGCCUGGUACGUCCGUUACGUUAGAAGGUAUCGUAUGGCAUGAAACUGAAGGGGGAGUGUUAGUAGUAAAUGUAACUUGGCGAGGUAAAACCUACGUUGGAACUUUGAUAGACUGUACGAAACAUGACUGGGCACCACCACGAUUUUGUGAUUCACCAACCGAAGAAUUUGAUUCAAGGACGCCAAAAGGAAGAGGAAAACGUGGGCGUAAUUCAACGUUAUUCCCUAUUAACGACCUCAGUAACUUCACGGAAACUCGGAGCUCUAUGCAUAGCAAGCUGCGGAAUGGUGGAGCUAAGGGUCGUGGUAACCGUGGAACUACUACAACUGCUGAAAAUAGUUCGUCAAAGACGACAGCAACAUCAACUACUACCACGGCAAGUACCUCCUGUGGCACGACCACAAGUGCUAGCUCUGAUACACCAUCAACGUCUCCUGUCGCUUUUUUGCCGCCACGAUCGGAGAAACGAAAAUCGAAAGACGAAUCACCAUCACCAGUUAAUGGAGGUGGUGGAAGCGCAAGUAGUUCGAGCGGCACUGUGAUAACCUCUAACAGUGUAAGUAAUGCAAAUGCCAGCGGCAUUGUAAAUAAUGGCACCCCAGGCACACAAAGUGUUGUCAAUCCUAUGACUGGUCUAAAUGUGCAAAUUUCUACAAAAAAAUGCAAGAGCACUGCGUCGCCGUGUGCGGUUUCGCCAGUUUUGCUGGAGUGUCCUGAACAAGACUGUAGUAAAAAAUAUAAACACGCCAAUGGACUGAGAUAUCACCAAAGUCAUGCACAUGGUAGUGUUUCAUCGAUGGACGAAGAUUCAUCUCAUCCUCCGGAAUCCCCUCAACGAAUAGCACCUCCAACGACCCCAUCUCCUGUACCUAGUGUACACACAUCAAAUCUUCCAACGGUGCCAUCUUCAACCACGACAUCGUUACCAGUAACUAGUGCUGCACUGACAGUGACAACAUCUGCUACUAGCGCAUCACAGUCUAUCGUUGGCACUACCGUAACAAGUAGUGCUAGCCAAAGUACAACGACUACGAACACCAUAAUCACUGAUGAAACAUGUGCAAAUAUUCCUAUUAGUACAUCGCCAUCUCCCAGCUUACUAGUAGCAGCAAAUGUGUCAAACGCUUCGCAGUUACAAACGUCCCUACUCACUGUUACGACACAACCGUCAUCUGUCACAUCCCAAAUUGGGUCACAGACAAUAGUCACUUCGCCAACUACCGCAGGGGGUAGCAUUACAACUGGUGUUGCCUGCCCCAGUCUAUCACAUGCGGUCGGCAAUACGACUUUAUUGAACACAGUUUUAGCUGCUAGUCAGAAUUGUUCUACUUCCAAUACUCCACCAACCCAAGUUUCGAACAUGUCACAAUCUCAGCAGCACCAAUCAACAAUAUCACUGUCUCAAGGGAAUAACACUCAGUCUAUCACUACGAGAUGUGAUACGACUCCGAAAGGCAAAUCAGGAGUAUUACGCUUUGGGCCGCUUCCUAGCGAGGGUGAUCAAAGUGCGCGACUUACACCAGUGACCCAAUCGCCUUCCACUAUUACGGGAACUACAGGGUCUCUUCAGCCAGGAACACAGCAAAAUACUUCUACUCGACCAUCCAAUGUUGCUAUAACUGGUAACCUCUUAGCAAUGCAACCAUCAACUCCCGGAACACCGGAAGGUCUAAGCAUAAAGUCACAGAAUUGCCCAAAGCAGAAGAAAAAUCGAAAAUCUCCUGUUCCUUCGGAUUUUGAUGUUGCUACUGCAAAUCGCAAUGAAGAUGUUCAGAGUCCCGCGUAUAGUGACAUAAGUGAUGAUUCUGCACCUGUUGUGGAUACUAGUGAUCUAGAUAAAACGAAAGGUGCGCAAUUAGUCGAUGUAGGCAAAAAGUCCAAUGAUAGCAUCCCAGGACAGCUAGCCCCCUUGUCUGGUUACGGUAUGUAUCCUUAUUACCCAGGCAUGCCUCAUCAACCACCAUAUUAUGCGCCUGAUCACUCGGGAAAACCUCCUGGUUUAGGACAUUCUCCUCUUGGCCCCAAUGCUAACGUAGAUUAUAAAAAUAAAGAGCCGCCACUUGAUCUUAUGAACAAGCCAAAUCAACACCAGCAACAACAACCACCACCACCACCACCUCCAUCUCAACAAGGACAACCUCCUCACAAUCAGCAAUUGUUGACUGGGGAGGUUGGCGGUCAAUCGAACAAAGAAAUCACAAGUGUUCCUCUUACGCAUCCCGGAGCAGGAAAAAUGAUGCAACAUUUCUAUCCUUACGGCUAUAUGCCCACUGGGUUUAGUUACAACAUAGAUCCCAACUAUGGCCCUGUGCCUAUGAUAUCUGAAGAUAGUAAAAUAGGCCAGCAACAACACCCGUCUGGUCAAAUUAAAGAAGAACGUAUCAAAGAAAGUCCUAGUCCCAACGAUUAUGCAAAGAUGGGACCACAGAUGGUACCUACCAAACUAAUAAAAUCGGAACCAGUUGUUGUAAAGGAUAUUAAGACUGAAACUACACAUUCGAUGCAUACUAAAGAGCAGCCCCCACAAGGACAACCUACGGGACAGUCAUCGAUAAGUGCCUAUGGUGGCAUGUUCCAACGUCAUAGUUUAAACAUGGCACCGUCGUCACAACCACCGCAGCAUAUGAAUCGAGAAGAAGAUUUGAGACGUAUGUUCAAUUACUCUGACCAACGUAGAUCAAGUACGUCAGGAAAUUCAUCUGCAUCAAAUCUAAACCCGAAGGAUGAACCUGCAUCUCCGUCACAAUCACAAGCCGGUCAUCAGAUUUCCGGAACAGUACAUAGCCAGUCAGCAUCACAGUCCUCAUCCAACACUUCUCAUCAACAACAAAAAAGUUCCAAGAGUGCAUCAACGUCUCAACCACAAAUGAAGCAGCCAAAAGAUAUCAAAACUGAAGAUAAAGACCUGUUGAAGGUCAAACAAGAAGGUCAAAAACCUACAAUGGAAACUCAAGGACCACCACCUCCACCAACCUCUCAGUACUAUCCCCAUUCACUGUAUAUGAGCGCAGCUCCAUUUGGUUUUGACCCCAAUCAUCAGAUGUAUAGGAAUAUGCUAGUACCGACGGCAUCAUACAGUGCACCACCAUAUCACUUGCAAAUUCCACGAUAUACAACUCCCGAGGACUUGUCACGAAAUCCUAGUACAAAGGCACUCGACUUACUGCAACACCAUGCCAGUCAAUAUUAUAAUUCGCAUAAAAUUCAUGAGCUAAGAGAGGGUGCGCUGAAAAGUCCUACCAGCAACGUCAAAGUAAGCGUAUCUAGUCCCAAUCUUUCUCAGCAAUCCAGUCAAAAUCCUAACAUGUGCAUUCCUCCAUCAAAUAGUAGCAUCAAUAGUUCAGGAUUAUCGUUACAGCAACAGCAACAACAAGCUCCACCAUCUGCUCAUCCGCAGCAACAGCCACCAGGUGGUCCCUUACAAUCUUCACAAGCCCUAGUCAGUGGCCCAAAUGUAGGUAGUGUUCCUAGUAGUGGAGGAAAUGGAGGAUCUGAUUUGACAAAGGAUCCUACCGGUACCGGAAGUUUAGUUCAAGGCUCAACUACUCCCGGUGCACCUCCACAGCAGCCAGGUCAACCAGCAAGUGGUGCACGGAGUCCACCACCUCAACGACAUGUUCAUACGCACCACCACACACAUGUCGGCCUAGGCUACCCGAUGUUCCAAGCACCUUACGGAGCUGUUCUGGCAAGUCAACAGGCGGCGGCAGCUGUGACUGUGAUCAGUCCGUUCCAGACUGGACCUCCAACGAAGUGAGAAGGAAUAACGUUAUGAGUAGGCAGUUUGAAUGCAAAUACCGAAUGCCAACUAAAACUGUUUCGUUUAUUACGAUGACUAACCGAACAUCGUAACUAUUGAAACCUAGCGUACAGCAGAUGCCCAUGACAAUUGCAGUCGAACGAAAGCAAAUGUGUGAUAGAAUAGUUUUUACAAUCCUUCAAGUUAUGAGGCAGUAUCUGAUUUCUUAGCGCUGGAAUCCGAUGGGUUGAAUGC